UCAAACACACAACUUGUAGGCUCGAUUCAAUUGAACCACACACUUUCCAAUGUUUUACCGCCUCCUGGAUACAACCGCCAACGUCCUCAUGUAUUUGCUAUCCAGAAACCAGAUGGCGGUGUAUUCUUGUACCAGGCAUCAUCAGCAGAACAGGCGAAUGAAUGGGUGGCCACGUGUAAUUACUGGGCAGCUCGCAGAAGCAAGGAGCCGCUGGCGGGUGGUGUGAGCAACAUGGAGUACGGAUGG